AUGUCGAACGAUCGAGCUUCCUCUCCGAUCUCUGUACCCUCAUCCUCAACCCACCACCGCCGUCCAUCCCUUGCGUCGGGUCUCACUUUCACCGAUUAUUUCUCCAAGUCAAGCAAUCAAGGUGUUCCGUCUGGCAGUCCCGCUGCUGCCAUGGCUAGCACCGUGCCUAGUACCCAUCCAAAUCAACGACGAAGACUGUCGAUCAGCACGCUUGGGCUUUCCGGCUCACCAACUCAAACCUCAUCCUUUGGAGCCAGAAAUCCUCGACAUGGCAGCUUGUCGAGCUCCGUAGGGUCACUCUCAAACACGGAUGAUGCUGUCAUAGAUGACGGCGAAAACGGUGCUUCUAAUGUCAUCCCCAGCUCGCCCUUCUCGCGGCGUAUUUCUUUUGGCGCCCAGGCCCUGCGAGAUGUUCGUGGUGGAAGCAUAGGCAACGGUAGAUACCCCACCCAUAGAUCUCCAGUGACUAGAGGACGCCGCAGCGCGUCGACUACUAGCCCUGUGUCUGCUAUUGAUCCCUCUGGGUCUGUCGUUGCAAGUACACACAAAAGUUUUCCCCAGAACGAUAAGUCUAACAAGUCGUGGCGACCAAUAGGCGAAGGCUUCAACUGGUCGGAAGCUCUUCGAACUCGGGCUGAGCGUGCUCCGUCCAUUGGGGCACUCUCCCCCAAUCAAAGCACAAAUCAGAAUGUUGCUGGGAUGGGGCAGCCGAACUACCAUCAACGGGCCGCUUCCAUUGCUUCGAUGGAGCAACCGGCUCGCGAAAUGCCAAGACAACCAAAGCAGAAUAAACCCGACUUUUUCCAAGAGAAGAUACUUAGAGGUGAUUUCAUGGACUAG